AAAACUUGAACCAUCCUAUAAAAUUAAUUUAGUUUCAUUUUUAUUUCAUUAAAAUUUUCAAAAUAUGGAAAAGAUUGGUGUUUGCGUAAUUGGCUCCGGAAAUUGGGCCACUGCCAUUGCGAAAAUAGUGGCUGAAAAUGCUUUAAAUUUGGCGGAUGUAGAAGACAAUGUCAAUAUGUUUGUAUACGAAGAACAAUACGAGGGAAAAUGUUUGAGUGAUUUGAUAAAUACGUUGCAUAUAAACAAGAAAUAUGCACCACAACUAAAACUGCCAGAUAAUGUGCUGGCAGUUACAGAUUUGGUAGAGACGGCUAAAUAUGUGGAUAUUAUAAUAUUUGUUAUGCCUCAUCCUCUAAUACCGGAUUUUUGUAGAACUUUGUUGGGUAAAAUUAAACCCGAUGCUAUGGCUGUAGCGGUAACUAAAGGCUUUACACCAGCUGAGGGCGGAGGUUUUCAGUUAGUUUCUCAGACAGUAACGAAAUUUUUAAAGAUACCAUGUGCCGUUUUAAUGGGCGCUAAUUUGGCCAGUGAAUUGACUUUAGAUAACUAUUGUGAGGCUACUAUAGGCUGUCGUAAUGGCAAACAUGCUAAAUUGUACAAAGAUAUAUUUGAGUCACAAAAUUUUCGUGUUACCGUAGUAGAUGAUGCUGAUUGUGUGGAAGUUUGUGGUUUUCUGAAGCAUAUUAUAUCUUUUGGUGCUGGUUUAUUAGAUGGUUUCGAUUGUAAUACAAAUACCAAAGCAGCCUGCAUACGUUUUGGGUUUUUGGAAAUGAUACGUUUUAUGGAUGUCUUUUAUCCAGGCAGUAAAUUGUCCACAUUUUUUGAAAGCUGCGGUUUGGCUGACUUAAUAACAGUUUGUACAGCCAGUCGCAGUCGUCGUAUAGCUGAAGCUUUUGUUAAGACCGAACGUUCUUAUGAGGAAUUAGAGCAAGAGAUAUUGGGUGGUGAGAAGCUAUUGGGCCCCAUUGCUGCUAAAUCGGUUUCGGUGAUGUUGAAGCAAAAGGGAUUGGAAGAUAAAUUUCCUUUAUUUACCACAAUUCAUAAAAUAUGCCAAUAUGAUGUAAAGCCUGAAGAAAUAUUAAAUUGCAUACGAAAAAUACCGGAUAUUAUUUAUCAUCCCACAAAUGUAUUUCCUUUGUAAAACAGAACGACCACAUUUGUAUGUCCACACAUUUGAAUUUUAUUUAUUUUCCCUAUUACGUUUACCAUAUAAAUUUUAUUUUAUUUAUAAAUAAUUAAAAAUUUAUCAAGUGUG